AUGGAUUUACGCACGAGGGUGUGGAGUACUGUGUUCCUGUUGGCUGCGACCACCGUCAGUUGCAGUUCUAAGUCAAAUGUCAGCUGGGAAGUCCAACGUUAUGAUGGCUGGUACAAUAACUUGGCUUACCACAGUCGUGGAUCCGCAGGUCAACCGCUUGCUCGCCUCCUCCCUGCGCGCUACGCUGAUGGAGUAUACGCGCCCCUCGAGGAGCCAAAGGUACCCAACCCGCGUGCUGUCAGCAACGUGGUCGCGAGGGGCCCGUCGGGACUGCCAUCCUCUCGGAACCAGACAGUCCUCUCGCUCUUCUUUGGCUACCAUGUGUUGUCCGAUGUGUUGGAGGUGCGUAGACCAGGCUGCCCGCCGGAGUUCAUGCACAUCUCCAUCCCUGAGGGUGACCCUGUGUUCCACUGGAACGCCGCUCCGGCCCCACUACUCCGCUUCCAAAGGGGACAGUGGGACCCUGACACCGGCAAGAGUCCCAACAACCCCCGCACCCAGGUGAACCAGGUGUCAUCCUGGAUAGAUGGCAGUUCCGUGUACGGCUCCUCCAGCUCUGUAUCCGACGCUCUGAGGAGUUUCACAGGGGGCCUGUUGGCGUCGGGGGCGGAGCCUCGACUUCCGAGACAGAGCGGCGGCAAGAACCUGAUGUGGAGUGCCCCAGACCCAUCCACCAAUAAGAUUGGCUCUGCUGGUCUCUAUGAGCUGGGGAAUGCCUGGGCCAAUGAGAACCCGUUUACACUGGCAGAGGGCGUGGUCUGGUUUCGCUACCAUAACUACCUGGCAUCCAAGCUGCACCGGCGCCAUCCUGAUUGGUCGGAUGACCAGCUCUUUCACGCAGCCAGAAAGAGGCUCGUAGCCACUCUGCAGAACAUCGCUGUCUAUGAGUGGCUGCCCAGUUACCUGGGGAAGCCGCUGCCCCCUUACACAGGUUAUCAGAAGCAUGUGGACCCAGCAGUAUCGCCUGAGUUUGCUGCUGCAGCCAUCCGAUUUGGCCUCAGUAUGAUGCCGUCUGGUGUCUACAUGAGGAACAGGAGCUGUCACUACAGACAGGUGUCCAACGGUGACGGCAGCUCAUCUCCAGCUAGGCGCCUGUGCAACAGCUUCUGGAGCCGAAACAACCCUAACCUGCAGACAGCAGAGGACGUGGAUGAGCUGAUUCUGGGAAUGACGUCACAGAUUGCUGAGAGGGAGGACAACAUUGUGGUGGAGGACCUGAGAGACUACAUGUAUGGUACAUUAAAGUUCUCCCGGUCGGAUGCGGUGGCGAUGACUAUCCAGCGUGGUCGAGACUUUGGCCUGCCCAGCUACCGUGAGGUGCGGCAGGCUCUCAGCCUUCCCCUCCUGGACACCUGGGCAGACCUCAACCCCCAGCUCAACCACACACACCCUCAGCUGUUCCAGGACCUGUCGGCGCUGUACGGUCAUGACUUCUCCAGACUGGAGCUGUUCCCUGGGGGGCUCCUGGAGUCAGUGGGCACCCCGGGGCCCGUCUUCUCCGCCCUCGUCGCCGACCAGUUCCAGCGCAUCCGUAACGGGGACCGCUUCUGGUUUGAGAACACACAGAAUGGGCUGUUCACUGAGGAGGAGAUUAUGUCCAUCCGGCAGACCAGCUAUCAUGACAUCAUCAUCGCCGUGACAACUGCACAAAAGGGAGAUAUUCAGAAGAAUGUGUUCUUCUGGAAGAACGGUGACCCGUGUCCUCAGCCUGGUCAGCUGCUGUCCUCCUCUCUGAGCCCCUGCACUCCGCCCUCCUCCACUGACUUCUUCACCGGCGCCAGCAAAGCCGGAUUCGCCAUCCUCAUCAUCGUAGUCUUCCUCUUCCCUGUAGUAAGCCUGCUGGUAGCGGCAGGUGUAGCCUUCUUCCGUAGCUACAGGUUCAAGAAGCUCCAGAAGCGCUCCAGGGCGGCUGUGAAGGAAGACGGCAGACCCGCAGCAGGAGUUACAGCGUAUGAGUGGCAGGGUGCUGGUGAGGAGAGCAGAGCAGUGUUGGUGGAGCUCAAAGAGAAGCUGCUUCUGGAGGUGCGUGACCCGACAGGUGUGUUGCUGCGUUCGCUGAGUCUCGGUGCCCAGAGCCAUUUGACUGUACUCCUGUCCAGCGACCGCAAACAGAACACAAUGCUUCUCAAGGUGCCCAAGGAGUAUGACCUGGUGUUGAUGUUUGAGGGGGAGGCGCAGCGGGAAGAGUUUGUUGUGCACCUGAAGGCCACCGUGGAGAAGAUGGAGGGAGGAGAGGAGGAGCGUGUGAGUGUGAGGAGGUGCAGGGAGAAGGAGGUGCUGAAGGAGGCCGUCAGCAGGAGCCAGAGGCAGCAGAUAGUCGAGACCUUCAUCAGGCACGCCUUCGCACAGGUGCUGGAUAUAGAGAGGCGUGACGCUGGCAGCCUGGCAGGUGUGUCCAGUCGUAAGACACGUGAGGCUCUGCAGUGCGAGCUGUCGGGGGAGGAGUUUGCCUCUGCUCUGGGGCUAAAGCCCGACUCCCUGUUCGUCCAAUCAAUGUUCACACUGGCCGACAAAGACGGCAACGGCUACCUGUCAAUGCAAGAGUUCCUGGACGUCAUUGCCAUCUUCAUGAAGGGCUCACCGGAGGAGAAGUCCCGGCUGCUCUUCAGCAUGCACGACAUCGACAGAGACGGCUGCCUGUCCAAAGAAGAGUUCUCCACUUUACUCAGGUCGUUCAUUGAGAUCUCCAGCAGCUGUCUGUCCAAGAGCCAGGCGCAGCAGGUGAUCCAGGCCAUGCUGCAGGCAGCCGGCUUCCACGACGACAAGGAGACCAUCACCUGGGACGACUUCCACCUGCUGCUCAGGGACCACGAGGACGAGCUGCAGUUCGCCCAGCUCAACAUCCAAGGAAUGGAAAUGGAGGGGAAGAAUCGCAUGAAUCGUCAGCACAGAGUGUCCUUCAUCAGCCCGCAGAGGAGCAGGUCACAAGCACAUGCCCCCCAAAGUGGAGCAGCCGGUGAUGGGGUGGAACUCCGCAAAAGGCAGCUGAAGAAGUCAGACCCAGGCUCUGGCCGUCUCUACGUGAAUCCCCAGCCGGAGCGCUACCGUGGGGGGCGUGUGCGCCAGCACGUGCAGCAGUUCAAGCGGCUGGUGGAGAACUACCGGCGCCACAUCGUCUGCUUUUGCAUCAUCUUCGGCAUCACGGCUGGUGUGGCACUCGAGAGAUGCUGGUACUACAGCCUGCAGGCGGUGUCGUCGGGCGUGCCCGAGGUGUCGGCGGUGGGUGUGGUGGUGUCGCGCGGCUCUGCGGCCGCCAUCUCCUUCCUCUUUCCCUACAUGCUGCUGACCGUGUGCCGCAACCUCAUCACGCGCUGCCGCGAGACCUUCCUCAACCGCUACGUGCCCUUCGACGCCGCCAUCGACUUCCACCGCGUCAUGGCCAUGACCGCCAUCGUCCUCACAGCGGUCCACAGUCUGGGUCACGUGGUGAACCUGUAUGCUCUAGCGGUGAGCGAGCUCAGCAUCCUGGCCUGCCUCUUCCCUGCAGUGCUCUCCAACAACGGCUCUGAGAUGCCGCUCCCGUGGACAUUCUGGUUCUUCCAGACAAUUCCAGGCGUGACUGGUCUGCUGCUGCUGCUGGUGUUGUCCUUCAUCUAUGUCUUCGCCUCGCGCUACUUCAGACGCGUCAGCUUCAGAGCCUUCUGGCUCACACACUACCUCUACAGCACCGUAUACAUACUGACGGUGAUCCACGGGAGCUUCGGUCUGCUGCAGCAGCCGCGUUUCUUCAUCUACCUGAUCCCCCCCGGCCUCCUCUUCCUCCUGGACAAACUCAUCAGCCUCAGCCGCAAGAAGGUGGAGAUACCUGUACUGCGCGCAGAGCUGCUGCCCUCAGGUGUGACGUACCUGGAGUUCAAGCGCCCGGUGGGCUUCGCCUACCGCUCGGGCCAGUGGGUGCGUGUGGCGUGUCUGGCGCUGGGCUCGGACGAGUACCACCCCUUCACGCUGACCUCCGCCCCCCACCAGGAGACCCUCAGCCUGCACAUCCGCGCAGUGGGGCCCUGGACCAGCCAGCUGCGAGACUGCUACCACCCCGACAGGACCGGACACCACGCGGGGGGGCUGCCUAAACUGUACCUGGACGGUCCCUUUGGGGAGGGUCAUCAGGAGUGGACUGAUUUUGAGGUGUCGGUGCUGGUGGGGGCUGGCAUCGGGGUCACCCCCUUCGCCUCCAUCCUCAAGGACCUCGUCUUCAAGUCCUCUGUCAAGUCCAAGGUCCAGUGCAAAAAGAUCUACUUCAUCUGGGUGACGCGCACCCAGAGGCAGUUUGAGUGGGUGUCGGACAUCAUCCGGGAGGUGGAGGAGGCCGACGCGCAGGACCUGGUGUCCGUCCACAUCUACAUCACUCAGCUGGCACACAAGUUCGACCUCCGCACCACCAUGCUGUAUGUGUGUGAGCGCCACUUCCAGAAGGUGUGGAACAGGAGUGUGUUCACUGGCCUGCGCUCCGUCACACACUUUGGCCGGCCUCCCUUCUCAGCCUUCUUCAGCUCCCUGCAGGAGGUGCACCCUGAAGUGAAGAAGAUCGGGGUGUUCAGCUGUGGCCCGCCGGGUCUCACUAAGAAUGUGGAGAAGGCCUGCCAGCAAAUGAACAAGCGGGACCAGGCCCACUUCAUGCACCACUACGAGAACUUCUAGAUCAGUGUUUCUUAAACUUUUUCAGACCGAGGACCACUUGUCCCCCCAAAAAUGUUCAGGGACCACCUGUCAACUUAAUUCACAGUUGAAGGGUGCUAAUUUAGCGCUGCUAAUUUAGAGGCAGAUCACUUAGUUUUUAUUCACAUUACAAGCAUGUCUUAUUGUGGUAAAAAAUAACACUUCAGUUAUGUUUAGCUUUGUAAUAAUGUUACAAAUAUAGCUGGUGUGUCUUGGAAAAGUAGAAAUCCCCUCGCGGACCACCUGAGCUCUGUCGUGGACCACCAGUGGUCACCGGACCACACUUUGAGAAUCACCGUUCUAGAUGUAUGAUGUUCAUUAUGUCUUGAGGUUACAUUAAAUAUUCAAGUUCUUUUGUUUCAGACAUGUACCUGUAAAAGGUUGUUAUCUAUUACCCGAUAUGUUUCGACGGUGACAUGCGUUUUAAAGCAUGUCACAUCUCAACAUCCAUGUGACCCUCUGAUAAAGACGGAAGUUUCACCGUCAAAACAUGUCACGUAAAAGAUAACAAACUUUUACAUGUCUGAAACAAAAUAACUUGAUUAUUUUAGAGAGCUUGUAGAGUUCCUUGUUCUACAGUUCUUAAUGAACCACUGGGAACUUCUACAGUAGGCAUACCUGCUUGACAGAGCAUAUCUAACCCAAUCUGAGAUCUUUUAGACUUCCUGCUCACUAGAAACACAUCCUGAACCACUUCGAGAACUUCCUGCUCACCAGAAACACAUCAUGAACCACUUGGAGAACUUUUGGAGUUCCUGCUCCCAGGUGUACAGUAGCAGCAAAUUUUGGGCCCUAUGUCAUCUCCAAUGGACCCCCGCAGCCAUAUCUUCAUAAAUUGGACUAAAUAUGGGCCCCCUUUAUACGGUAUAUGGGGCCCUGGUGACUCAGUCACACUUUACCCCACUGUACGACACCCCUGUCUGCUCCACAGCAUUCCGUACAAUGCUACAAGAUGAUUUGCAGUUGCUGUUCCAUAGCCCACUGUAUGCACUACUAUGAAAGAUUGAAACUGAGUUCCUGCACUUCUAAAGACCACUUUAUGCAGCACUUUGACUUUAAAAGUUCCUGCUUGCUCACGUGUUGUCCUGGUUUCUGUUUUUCAGUAUAACAGCUGAUACAAUCACAGAGUCAUCGCUCUUGCUUGGUUAUUCGAUCACCCUUCUGAUAAUUUAUUAACAUUUAAACUUUUUAUUGUUGCCUUUUACGUAGUUCUUAUUAGAGGACGU